UUUAGUCAUAAUUUUUUAUAGUGAUGAACUUACAACUAUUGAGCUAAUGAUUUUUGUAAUUACUAUUUUUGUUUUUACUGAAUAGAGUAUAUUAUCAUAAAUAUAUCUUUAAUCGAGCUUAAUACAUAGAACUAUAUGUAUAAUAUUAUUAUAUAGUUCAAUGGCUUAAUACAACAAUUAUAGAUAACCUUAUCUAAUCGUGCUGCUUGCAAUCUACUUGUCUAUGCUUAUUGCUUGCAAUUAGAAAUACUGAUUACUGAAUAGAGCGUAUUUUAGUUACACCAAUGACCAAUAUUGUAGCCACUAAGUCAGUAAAGGUAAUGAAUAAUGAUAUAGUUCGCAAUAUCCUGCUAUUAAUGAGUAUGUCUAAAAAUUAUCUUUAGACCAAAAAUCUAAAUUAUUGACAAUUAUAAAAAUCACGAUUCAUAGUAGUAUUAUAAUAUUUACCUUUUAAUAUAAUUCGCUGCUAAAAUCAAUMAUUUUUUGAAAAAAAUUGCAUUUUGUUAAGUAAUUAUCUCAGUGCUCUAAUAAAUUUCUAUUUGAAUGAAUAUGUCUCCUCUCAAAAGAGAAUACUUGCCACCCCCAUUGUCGCCAAGUCCUGUUUUGGAUAUAAGUGACGAUGAAUUGGUUACAAUAUCCGUACGUGACUUGAACCGUCAACUGAAGAUGCGUGGAUUGACUAGAGAUCAAAUAGUACGCAUGAAACAGCGUAGAAGAACAUUGAAAAAUCGAGGAUAUGCUGCUAGUUGCCGUAUUAAGAGAAUUGAACAAAAAGAUGAAUUAGAAACAGAGAAAUCUCAAGAAUAUCAAGAGCUAGAUGAUCUGCAACAUUCAAAUAACAUGAUAAGAUCUGAAGUGGAAAAUACAGUCAGACAAUAUGAAAUGCUUAAAAGAUUUGCUGCAACUAAUAAAGUUAUGUUACCUAUAGAACUUCAAUCGUUAUAACUUAUAACUGACAUAAUUUAUAUUUUUUGUAUUGAUGUGGGCCAAACAGUAUUCUAAAUUUCUAACU